ACGAUCCAGUUUUAACUGGAAAUUAUUCCGCAAAUUAGAGUUUAUUUGGUAUAAAGUUCCAACAGUGUUGGCUGGCUAGUGCAAUAAUAAUAAUGUCCAUGCAAAUCGAACAACAACACGUUUGUCGAAUCUGUCUUCAGGACGCCAGAGUUGACUAUUACGAACCAAUCAAUAUGUUCGAGCCGAAACUAGAGCAAUCAGAAUUCCCUCUAGUGGAAGCGCUUACGGUAAUCUGUGGUCUGAACGUAACUAAAGAAGACGACUAUCCCAAACUGAUUUGUUUGAACUGCCUUUCUCAGCUAAGAGAUGCGUUCAAACUACGACUGCUUGCCCAACGUUCCCAGGAACUUUUCAGUUCCAUACUGUGCAAUACUAUUACCAAAUCCAAACCGGAGUACAAAAGCGUGGAUGUACUAUCUGAUGAUGUUUUGAAGUCAAAAUUUUUCGACGAAAGUGUGACUGUAAAAAGCGAUGCUGAAGAUCACUCUAAUUUGCAACGGAUUUACUGCUGUGGUUGUGAUGAGUCAUUCGAUAGCGAACAACAGUUGCGGAGGCACUCCAAUCACGAGCAUCGUCCCAAGAAACUCAUGGCGCCCACAAAGAGACGAAUGAUUAGUUGCCACGUUUGUUAUGUGCAGAUGAAAGAAGACGAUUGGGAGGCUCACAGAGCCGGUAAAAACGCUCUUAAAUCGUUGAUGGUAUGUGAUUUUUGCAAAUGUAAUUUUACUACCACAGUAGGAAUGAACAAGCAUCAUAAAAUGUAUCACGCCAAUGGCCUGUACAAAUGCUGUGGUUGCAGUUUUAAAAGCAAAAUAAAAUCGGAACUUGAAGAGCAUUCUUUACUUCAUGAAAAGGGGGAUCCAAAGGGAACGACUCGAACCAAGAAGUAUAAGUGCUCGAUAUGUUAUGUUGAGUUCAAAAGCUUCGAAGAGAUAAGAAUGCACGAUCGACUUCCAUAUCGUAGGGCAAAGCAAAGCGAGAACGAUGCCAACAAGCUAACCGAAUCAUCAUCAGUGACAGUCUGUUGCGGAUGUGUGAAAGUUUUUAAAUCGAUUUCACAAUUGAAGGAACACCAGCAGAACGAACACAAACAGGAAAGCGUUCCGAAUGCGACUGAUCCUUUGUCAGUUCAGUGCAAUGCAUGCCAUAAGCGGUUUUCGCAUAAACGUUUGCUCAAGCAGCACAUGCAUUCGACCUCGAAGAAAAAGUUUUUCGGCUGCUCUGAAUGUCCCGUGACUCGCCGUAGCAUUGACGAAGUAUUGGACCAUGCAACAACCCAUACCGGAGCGAAAGCUUUCCUGUGUUGCGGCUGUCAGAGGGGAUUCUGCUCGAAGGAGGAACUCAAACAGCAUUCUCUCGAAGAGCACGCCAUUCGACCAAAGUUUUACCACGACGACGACUACGAACAGAAGCGUCCCUUUCUGUGCGAUAUAUGCUAUCGACGGUACAAAAGCAAACUGGAUCUCGUCCAUCACCAGCAGCUCGUUUACGACGCAAAAGUCCACAUGUGUGAAGUUUGUGGGAAGGGUUUCCACCAAGCAAGAACUCUCGAUCUGCACAUGGCCACGCACGUGGAACAAGCCGACCAUCCCUGUUUCACAUGCGGUAAAAAGUAUCGACAUGAAACACUGGCGCGCCACUGCAUGCUAAGGCACAAGCGUCCAACAGAGCAUCGAUGUCGGAUUUGCCAGGCCGUCUUCUCCGACAGUAGCAAUCUAAAUUCGCAUUUGAUUUCUCACUCGGACGUCCGCAAGCACAAGUGCCAGUUAUGCGAGGAAACCUUCAAACGGCCGGGCCACCUCAGGAUGCACAUGGAAACGGCUCACACGCAGGAAAGCAACUUUCGCUGUCGGCACUGCUCGAAACAGUUCAGUACACCGUCGACGUUGAAAAGACACGAAAUCGAUCACACCGGGAAGUAUCCGUAUCGGUGCGAAGUUUGCGGCAAACCGUUCAAGACUCGUAAAUAUUACGUUGAACACUACGAGAAGCACAUCGGGGAAUCGGCAAAGGUGUAUCGGUGCCAUCUGUGCGAGGAGCGCUACAGUAGGCAGUACUUCUUGUCCAACCACUUGAAGUUCUCCCAUCGCAUCGAACCGACGGAGGUUGGAUGGAAUGCAAAGUUCAAGCAGACUGUCGUGAGUGACGGAGAUAAACCGGAUGACGCAAUGGAAGAUGGUGGGGAACAAGGUACCCGUGACAAAGUAUGAACAUUUUUGCCGUCCGCUCCAAGUGGGAAUAUGGGAUUCCCAAAUUACGUUUUAUAAUUUGUUAAUUUGGUAAGGUUCAAUGUUUAAAACAAACAUUGUGGAGCCGAACGUCUCUACAACAAUUGUGCAAUAUAU